AUGGCAUAUCAGUCUACUACUUUUCUGAUAGCUUGUUUUCUAAACUGGUUAAUACAAAUUCAUGGAAUCGAUCAAUGUCCUUGCCACACGCCAUCACUUUGUAAGCCAGUGCAAAUAGGUCCUCGAAGUGAAGUGGUAGCAUUCUCAGUCUAUCGCGGGCUUUGGAAAUAUUACGAUUGGACUCAUCUCACCACCAUUGCUCUCUUUGAAGAACAAUUGCCUAAUAUCGAUCCUAAUUUAUUAUGUUAUGCUCACUCUCAUCACGUUCGUCUCGUUCCUAAAGCUUCUUUUCCUGUCCAACAGUUGACUAAUAAAACACAUAUUGAUCAAUGGAUUAAAGAUAAAGUAAAAAUGAUUAAAACCAAAUUCUUAGAUGGGAUUAAUUUCGAUAUUGAACAGUCGAUUCCAAUUAUCUCGCCUGAAGCGAAUGAUUUAAUCAAGUUUGUUAAUCAAACUACAACUGCUAUACAUUCUGCAUUUCCUGGAUCUCUGGUAACAUUUGAUGCAUCUUAUUGGCCCCAAUGUACUAUUGGCCAUUGCUACAAAAAUGUAGCUAUAUCGAAAAUUGUCGAUUUCGUUAUUACUAUGAAUUAUGAUGAAGAAGGGUCACUUAUCGCCAGCGCAAAUUCUCCAUUUCGAAACACUGUUUACAGUAUUCACGCUUAUAAAAAAGCAGGAGCACAAAUGUCUAAAAUUGUCACUGCACAACCGUGGUAUGGCUAUAACUAUCGAUGUCUUGGCAUUUUGAUCGAUGAUAUUUGCCAUGGUUUGAUUACUAGAAGAAAUGUAAAAUGGAAUAUACAAGGCAAUGAUGACUCAAGUAAGAGUUCUAUUGAAUAUGGAGAAAUUGAAAAAUAUCUUAACAGCAAUAAAACCUCUGGAUCUAAAUGGUCCAAUAGCUCGCAAUCACCAUAUUUUAAUUAUAAGGAUGCAAAGGGUGCAAUACAUCAAGUUUGGUAUGAUAAUCCAAAGAGCUUAAGUAUUAAAUAUAGUUAUGCCAUUAAAUCUGGUAUAAGAGGAAUUGGAAUGUGGAGCACCGAUUUUCCUAAUUAUGUCCAGUACCCCAAAGAAUCGGCAGCAAUGUGGAAAUGCAUUGAUACAGUACUCAAAAACUCGAAACCUUAA